GCAUUACACUGAUCAGCAGGCGAAAGGAACCAGCCUGGCAUCGAGCUGCGAGGCGGAAGAGGAGCUUGGUGAGGGCCAAGAUAGGAGCAAGUCUCGAUCUUAUGUCAAGGAGAACAAAGAAGAGAGCGAGAGCGCAGAUCAGUGGCAAGUUUUCCCACAGAAGGCCCCUUGGGUCACUUCCACCCCAUCGCGUUCGACCUCAUACAGAAUGGAUGUCAUGCAAGAAUCAUGCGAAAAGGAACUGACACCAAGCUUCCAGACAGUUCCGGAGCAACAGCCGUCGCUUGCCGAGACAUCAGAUACUCCCAUGACAACGGAAGAGACAAAACUGCUGGAGCACCUACGUGGGUUGCAUGGUAUGGGAAUCGAUUUGACAGAGGGAAUGGCUUUGCAACUGGAGAAGCUUCAAACAAAAGAGGCGAAACAAGCUGCAGGCAAAACCCUGUCACAUGGACAUUUGAACAAACUCAACAAAGUUCGAGCCCAAGUCAAAACAGCUGCCAAGAAGGUGGAAGACUUGGAUGGCGAGUGGAACAAGUUUGUGCAAAAUAUCGUCCAGAAGAUCCAGCAACAUGCGCUGAUGUACCAAACAUGUCGCUCGGACAUGUUAGAGGUAUUCAACAAUCGACUGGCAGAACUUCAGGCCAUCAAGAAAGAGGUGACUGGCUUGGUAGAUCUGACUGCCGAGAUGGAGGAGGACACCAUCGAGGUGGAGGACGACAAUGUGCCUUCCAAUCUCAGGAAAGGAUCACCGAAAGUCGCCAAAUUUCGAGGAGUGUUGUACCCAGUUGGCACAAAUGUGGAAGGUUUCUUUCAUGCGGCUCAUCACCCUGAAGCAUGUGUUGGCAGAGCACUUGUUUGUUGUCUUCGGCAUGCGGGCAUGAAUGAAGACGAUUUCUUGGCAGGACCAGAACUUUUGGAUGUUCAGCCGGCAGUUUUGCUUACUGGUAGUGUGAGAAGACUGGACGAUGAUGAUGAACCUUCCGAAGCGUCUAUUGAUGAUGAGACAGAUAUCUCCACGGUUGUGCCAAGCGAUGACAUUGAAUCCGAACCAGAUGAAAUGUUGCUCAUGUCAACUGCGCCUAUAUCCUUUCAAAUGGAUGUGGAGGAUCCCUAUCCAUGGGAAGUUGAGGGUUGGUUGGAGAUUGAGGAUCAAGAGCUCCAACAUGAGGAUGUGCAGGCGCCCAUCGCCUUUGGAAUGCAGCAUUUGGAAUUCCUUCAAGAUGAAAUUGAACAAAUAGCACGUGUAAGUGAGGAUGAUGACAGGCCUUGGUUAGCAGUGACUUUUGGCCUUGGACUCAUCGACUUAGGCAGACGUGAUAUCGAGUUCAACCCAGACCAUUUGGAUUUGUUGCUGGAAGAUAUUCUGCAUGUUUGGAGGGAUCAUGCUGCCUAUGGAAAUUUGCUGGUGUUCAAUGUGCACCCACAACCCUUGGAUGUCAUUGGUCCCAGAGCCAUUGCGUGCAAACCCUUUUGGAUCACAGAGGUUCGAGGAUUUUUCUUUGUUCAAUCUGCCACUUCGGACAUGCUGGAUGAAGAGAAUGUGGUUUUUCACUUCAUUGCACGUUUUGGGUCCCACCAGGGUGUUCCAAUCCUUGUCAAUCAGCAGAUUGUGGCGGCCGAAGGCAUGGUGAAGGAAAUUCAAAAUGCCAAUGAGUACUGGGCUAUUGCUGUCCCAGAAGGAGAAGCAGGGGUCAAUGUUGUUGAAGUCCUGAACAAUCCUCCAUUUUGGUUUGCAUAUGCCAGAUCGCAAAAUGCCUAUCCACAUUGGGCCGUGAAUGGAGUUCGUUUGAUUGAUGUUCGACAACAUUGGCAAGGUGGCGAUCUGCUGAGAGCUAGAAUUCUUGUGUGGAGGCCGGAGCAUGUUCUGCAGAUCUUAAUUGGCACGGCACAAGAGAUCUUUGAACAGCCGGUUGAACAUACGUCAUUCUUGCAAUUGCACAGCAAGAAAAAGAACAUCAUGGCUUCUGAUGAAGUUCAGAUGAUCGAUGCCGGGUUUGUGGAGGUAUGCAAGACGCUACGACAGCAGUGUUGUAGUAUGUCACUUGAAGAAAAUGAGGUGACUUUGAUUGGAACAGAUCUUGAUGAUGGUGGGCAGUCAUAUCAGCAUGAAACAAAGCCAGGGUUUGUGCUGGAUUGGCAUAGAAAUCCCCAGGAUGGUUUCGGUUUUUUGCAGCAGAUUGCCCAAGAUGGCGCUUGUCAAGCGCACAGACGUCCAAAUGAUGGCGUGGAAGCUUGCAUUACACAGGGUUCUGCCAACGACAGUGAAUGGACUUGGAUCCGAGCACGAAGCCAGACGCAUCACACCUCGACGACCAAUCAGGAGUGUGAUUCCCAAGAUCACAUGGUGCUGAUGGAUGGUCGGAAUUGGAAGGACACAGACAAAGGUUCAAGCGCCAUUUUACGGACUGGGUGUGAGGGUAACUUGGAUCACACACCAGUACCAGGCGUCCGUCAUGAAAAUGACAUGAGCUGCAAGGAGGGUAACUCGGAUCUCCUUGAGCACAUGACAGAUGGAUACCAUUUCGAUCCAGAAGUGAGUUAUGAAAUCCAACAAAUCAACAGGGCCUUGGCAUGUCUUCGUGCUCCUGGAUGGGUGGGCUUUAAUAGAUGCAGGGUCGAAAUUCCUCAUUUGCAUCCGUUUGCGCAAAUUGCGCUUCAGAACGCAUCGAUGUCCAUGGGAGAGGAAGGCACUUGGCAUGUUUUCACUGAUGGAUCUUGUCGUAAAAGACAGGGAGCUUGGUCGUUUGUUGUGAUUGAAGAAAGCAUAGCACAUGGCAUCAGGCAGUUCUGCUAUGUGGGAUUUGCUGGUGGGUUGAUCAAUGACCAUUUGAGCCCAUGUGAAGUGAAUUCAAUGAAUGCUGAAGCCACUGCUUUGAUAGGAGUUGCGGAAUUUUUGUUGUCACAGCCACAUUUGCAGCGGAAGAUUAUUCAUUGCCAUUAUGAUGCGUUGUCUGUGGGGCAGGGCACUUUUGGCAGCUUCAACUGUUGCACACGAGGUCGUCCUGCAGAGGAAAUCCUUGCGUGGUGGAAAGAUGUGGCUGAUGUAUUUGGGAAAAUUCCUCGAGAAGGGCAUGUUCUUUUCAUGGGUGAUUUCAAUUGCAAAAUCGGCAGUGUUCCUAGCAAUGGCAUUGGAGAGCAUGCUGCUGACUUUGAGGAUUUGGGGGGAGAGAGUUUUCGUUUGCUUUGUGAGCAAUGGAAUCUCAUAGUACCCUCCACAUGGUCUGAAUUCCACCAGGGCACGACAUGUACCUAUCAAGGACCAAAAGGAGCAAAGUCACGAAUUGACUACAUUGCAGUGGAUCAAAGAUGUCGUGAAGGCAUCGCAAAAUCAUAUGUGGACAUCGACAUUGAUUUGCUGAAUGAGGACAGAGAUCACCAUGUGCUCAUUUUGGAAUUGACAUUGGAAUUCACUGUCAAAGGACAUCAGGGAUUUCUCAAAAAAGGUCUAUAUGAUCGGGCUGCUGUUAGGGCAAGUAAAGACAACGGCUAUGACUUGCUGAGUUACAUGCCGGAGCAGCACUGGAAUUUAGAUGUCAAUGAGCACUGGUGCAAUAUGCGCAAUUUCAUGCAGAAAGAAGCGGCAUAUUGGUUCCCGAAGCAGAAAAGACAUCAGCGCCAGCUUUAUUUCAAUCAGGAAACCUGGGAUCUUGUUUGCAUUCGCAAAGACUUGAGACAACAGCACCGGCAGUUUCAGCGAGAUUAUGAAAAAGGGCUGUUGGCCAUGUGUUUCAAAGUGUGGUGCAAACCAGAGGAAGUCAGGCAACAUCUGCAGCAGUGGACAUUUUGUCGUCAUCUAGUUUUGCAACAGGAUGCCUUAGUCUUUGAAGCCAGAAGUGCAGUUGAUCGAGCGUUUCGCACCAAAAAGAAGAUAGCCUGGAAAGCUUGGAUUCAGUCUCAGCUUCAGGCCAAAAUUGAGGGUGCUCAAACUGCCCAGGGAUCAGACUUGUACAAGAUCCUUAAGCCAAAACAGAUGAUUCAAAAGAGCAAGGGAAAGAGUUGCCGACAUUUGCCAGGGUUGAAAGACGGUGAAGGUGCUUGGAAGCGAUCGAGGCUUGACAUUGCGGUGGCAUGGCAAAAGCAAUUCGGGGCAAUUGAAAAUUCUGAGGUAGUUUCCUUUGAGCAGUUGAUGAUGAAGUCUCAGCCAAGGUGUUUGCAGGUGGAUCUUCGUCAACUGUUGCAGAUACCCACGCUGUAUGAUGUUGAGGGGGCCAUCCGAGCCCUCAACAGUGCUAAAGACUUUUUGUCCAACAUUAGCAGCGGUGAUUUUGUCAGAAAAGCGACCCAGUCGGAUCUCGUCGCAGAUGGAGUCUCAGCAACAUUGAGCCAUACGUGGUUCAUUAUCCCUCAGGGGAACGCUGUUAUGGCCCCGGCGACCGGCUCCAGGCCGGGAGACCCUAGUGCAGAUGUGCUGUUCUCCUUUGCGCUCACUCACAUACUCCAGGUUGUGCGACAAAGAGCCACCGAGGCUGGAUUGGAACUCACUGAGCCUACUAGUUUUGGUAGGGUGAAUAGGCACUUGUCCUGGGUGGAUGAUAUCGCCCUGAUGGUGACAGGAAGUGCUGCCAGCCUUGUCUCCAAAGUCACACAGUUGUUAGCCAUUGUCACCGACACCUUGGCAGAGCAUGCAAUGCGUCUCUCAUGUGGCCCAGGAAAAACUGCUGUUAUGUUGGAAUUCAGAGGCCCAAAAGCAGUGAGAGAACGGCAAAAGGUGGAGGUGGAAGGAAACAACACUCUCCCUCUUCUCAGCGAGCAUUGGGGAAAGCUUGACAUCCCAAUUGUUGCGCACUACAAGCACUUGGGAGGGCACAUUGUUCGAGGAGAGUAUCAGGCUUGGCAAGCUGCAGUCUUCAGAACCUAUCAAGUCCUGCAAGCUCGAAACAAGAAUGGGGACGUGAUUCAUCAAGACCUUUUUGCCUUGGCCAAAGAUGCCAACUCAGCCAUGCUUGACACAUACUGUCAGCUGAAACAGCAUGCUGAGGAGCAGAACACCUUGCUUGAAGAAAUGGGAUGGGUGUGUACUCAGGACGUUGCUGGGGAUGAUGAGGAAUGCAAAGAAUUUACGUGCCAAGUUUGCCACACCGCUUUCACGACAGCAGCAGCUGUUGCAGUGCAUCAGCAGAAGGUGCAUGGACAGCGGAUGGCUGUACGUCGCUUCGUCAAAGAUGGAGUCUGUCGAUGUUGUGGAAAGAAUUUUCAUACUAGACCGAGGCUCAUGCGACAUUUGCAAUGGAGCACCGAUGCCUGUUGGAUUUUUCAUUUCCGCAAUUUCCUGCCGAUGAGCAUUGAGGAAACUGAGAUGUUUGAUCAACAAGACAUUGGGUCAGGUCAAGCAGUGCAUCAGAAAGGGUUGCGAGGAGCAGAGUCCGGCAGAGCGUGGUGUUGGGCUACCGAGCAAGACAUGACAUCGGUUUUGCAAAUUUGUGAUGACGCAGGUGGGUGCAGCAAAGAGGCACCAACACAGGAGGAGAUUCGAAAGUGGCAGUGUUGGGGUUGCCUUCCGCCUGGCAAAGGAGGAAGACCCAAAACUGAAAGAAGAAACAAAGAUUUCACAGUACCAAAUGUUAUGCGUGACACAUCCAGCAUGGAGGACACAUGGUGGAGGCAGGCUUCAGCAUGGGAACCAGACUUUGAUUGGAUUCCCAGACCGCUAGCCACAAACAGCAAGUUCUUCUUGAUCGUAUUUUCAGGGCAUCGUCGAGAAGGAGAUAUUGCAAGUUGGAUACAUUGGAACACCAACAUCCAACCAGUGUGUAUCGAUGUUGACAUUCAUGAGACGCAUGGCAAUGCGUUGCAGUUAGACACCUGGGUCCAACUGAUACGCAGCCGCCGAGUGGUUGGUGCACACCUUGGUCCCCCUUGCGAGACUUAUAGUGCUGCAAGAUGGAUACCAUGCGAUGAUUCUCCAUUUCCACGGCCGUUGAGAACAAGUGAAGAUCCCUGGGGAUGUGGGUGGCGAACAGUACGUGAAGUUUGGCAGUGCCAUAUCGGCACCAUUCUCAUGUUGACUGCUCUGAAGAUCCUAUUGUGGGUCUAUGCUUACGGGGGAUCUGCGACAUUAGAACAUCCAAAGGGUGCAGAAGCAGGAACAGAAAAGUGGUCGAUUUGGCAGAGUGCUUUUUUGAAGCAAUUGCUGCAAGCGGCAGAUGUGCAAUUGAUCACAUUUCUGCAAGGACCAUUAGGACAAAAAUUUCCAAAACCCACAACAUUGUUGGCUGCACGUCUUCCGGAUCUAGCCAGUCAGCUAUACUCCAGCUAUGAUCCUUCCUGGAAAGCAAGCGAGUGGUUGGGUGGGAAAGUUGGCAAGACGUGGAGAACCACCAGAGCAAAGGUCUAUCCUCGAAAACUUUGCAGGGUGCUGGCAAUGGCACACAUGAGGCAUGCAGAGCUCCAGGUGUGUGAUGGAGAAGAAACUCUGCCGCUGAAAGUGCAGGAGGUCAUCAAUGCUUUAUCUAAGGUUCACGAUCCUUACGACCUUGAGGCCACUGGCACCAGCAUGUGUGCCGAUUUUUCCAGGGUUGCUCAACGGGCCCCAUAAAGUAGACACUUCAAAUGAAAGUGAACCGAAGUUUGGGUCGCCCAUGUUCAUUUUCACCAGAGACUGAUCCCUUCGCCACAGCGGCUUUUGGAAGGGGUCUCAUGCAAGCAGGCGUUGAUCUUUCG